AUGUCAAGAAUGUUCUGCCGGAGUUUGUAUGCCUUCAGCGGCAAGCAUGACCAAGCACUCAAAUUCGAAGUGGGAGAGAUUAUCGAGGUGCUGCAGCCACUGGACAGCGGGUGGUGGGAAGGACAGAUAGCUGGAGUCAGAGGAUGGUUCCCUGCUAAUUAUGUCAAAGUUCUGGAGAAGCCUGUGGUCCCCACAGCCGUGAGUGCAGCGGAGGAGGCAGACAGGCAGCUGCUCCCCCCGGGCUGGAAGAGCUACCUGUCACCUGAUGGACGCGAGUACUUUGUCAACUCAACCACCAGAGAGACCACAUGGAAGCGUCCCUCCUGCUCUUCCCUCUCCUCCCCCUCCACCACCUCCUCCAUCUCCUCGUCCUCCACCUCCUCCACCUCCUCUGCAUUCUCAGCUGGCUCUCCAGUAACCCUCCUGCCCACAGCAGCAUCCCCAGACUGCUUGACGCCAGUGAAUGGAUGCCAGGGCAGCAGGGGGUCUGCACUGCUCAUGGAGCCUCCUGAUUUAGCUCUUCAGAAAGCCGGCCCAGACAAGCAGAGCCCGGGCUCCACAUCCCCCGCCAGGAGGCACCCCAAGGAGAGGGAGAUCAAGGAGACCAAGACCACGAUCAAUGGCGUGACGUUCCCUCUGCCUAUGUGCAUGCCUGAGCAGCAGCUCCUGAAGCCCAAUGAGUGGAGCUACUGCGACUAUUUCUGGACGGAUAAGAAGGACCCUCAGGGAGGUGCGUGUACGCCAGGCUUCGAGGUUCUCCUCCAGAAGCAGUUCAAGGGCAAACAUCUCCAGAAGGAAAUGGCAGAGUUCAUACACGAGAGAAUAAAGAUUGAGGAGGAGUAUGCCAAGAACCUCUCUAAACUCUCCAUGAGUCCACUAGCCGCACAAGAGGAAGGGACAUUAGGGGAAGCGUGGGCUCAGCUCAAGAAGAGUCUGCAUGAUGAGGCUGAGGUCCAUCUCAAGUUCUCCUCUAAGCUCCAGAGCGAGGUGGAGAAGCCCCUGCUGACGUUUCGCGGUGACAACUUCAAGAAGGACCUGAAGAAGUACGAGCACAGCAUCGCAGACCUCAGGAAGCAGCUGCUCAGUCGCUAUGGCGGCGUGGAGAAGGCCCGGAAAGCUCUGGCCGACCGCCAGAAGGACCUGGAGACGAAGACCCAGCAGCUGGAGAUCAAGCUGAGCAACAAGACGGAGGAGGACAUCAAGAAGGCCCGCCGCAAGUCCACGCAAGCAGGAGAUGACCUUAUGCGCUGUGUGGACCUCUACAACCAGGCCCAGUCCAAGUGGUUUGAGGAGAUGGUCACCUCAGGUUUGGAGCUGGAGCGACUGGAGGUGGAGCGCGUGGAGAUGAUCCAGACUCACCUGCGGCAGUACACCACCCUCAGGCACGAGACCGACAUGUUCAACCAAAGCACACUGGAGCCAGUUGACCAGCUCCUGCAGAGCGUGGACCCAGCCAAAGACAGGGAGCUGUGGGUGAAGGAGCACAAGACGGGCGAGGUGCGGCCCGUGGACAUGAACAUUUAGUGGACGUCCCCACCGCCAGGCAGCACCACCCACCCACCCACCAGCCUGCCAGUCGGGUCAAAUCGGGUCAGGUGUGCAUGAGUGACAGUGAUCCCAUCCGUGUAGGUACCCCUCUCUACUUCCUCCUCCUCCUCUUCCUCCUCAACUUCCCCUUCCUGUUUCUCCUCCUAUCACGUCUCAGUAAAUCCCUCCGACUCCCAUGUAUAUUGAGGCACACAAUACAAUAGUCUCUCCUCUCUAUUCAACCAUGGAAUCCACCAGCAUCAGCAUGGACUACACUUCCCAUAAUGCAUCUAAGUGAGCUGCAGCAACAAGGCAUACAUGGACAUGCGGAGUCAAACAGUGCCCUCUGCUGAAAGGACCAUACAGCCGAUUGCACUCACAUUUACUUCAUUGCAUUGGCUGUGAGUGAGAACUCAUGCAAACAUAACACUUUAAAUGCUUACUCUUAUCUGUGUGUUAGUUUCCUCUUUUGUCAAUCAUGGCACCGCACCUCAGAGUCAUUAUAAAGAAUAUCAUAUUGCUCCCUCUAAACCUAGAUAUUAAUGUUGGUCAAUGGUCGUCAUAUUUCAUAUCACUGCAAAAAGAAUUUACUAUUGGAAAUGUAAAUUAAAUUUCCUUAGCUUAACACAGGAAGAGUGCUGAGGUUUCGGUAAUGUCCCUUGACUCUUGGUGUGAAAUGGUGAUACGUUUAUCAUACUUCCACAUGAUUGAUACUCCCCUGUCAUUUGGAAUCCCCCCUCUACCACACAGUGAAAUGGACACCAGCAAAGGUAACGUUAUGUGAUCUUGACUACAGCCCCUUACGAAGAGAGCGAUGGUUAAAAACAGUGUUUAAAUUAAACUACCAAAAGAAGUCCAGACAAUAGAAAGUUAACUAUGAAAAUGAAAAGAACAUUCUGCAUGAUUAUAUAUUUCUAUAGAUUUAAUUUACAGAAAGAUGUAUACGAUUUUUUUUCAUAGAGGAAUGUACAGUACACAAGAUGUUGUGGCAUAAGAUGAUUAUUUUGACAUUCGUGAAUGGUUUAUGGCAGUCGUGUAGUUUAGUGAUCUAAUAUUGAUUGACUUCUUUUGUUCUACAAAAAUGAAUGCCCUUUUGGGCCAUGGCAAAACAAAUAGGAACCUUACAUCUGUUUGUGUAUGUGCCCUAUAUGUGUGACAAUUUAACUGGCUGUCGCUCUCUCUCUCUAUCUCUCGAUGAUGAAGCUUGAACAAAACAACUCUAAGGAUAUGUAACUACAACCUUUUGUGAAACUGGGCCAAUGUCUUGGUUAUCAAGUGCAUACUGAGCUUCCUCAGUCCCAGCAUUUAACCUGUGUAAUCUCUGUCUGGUGUAAACCUGUGCAAUCUCUGUCAGAAUGUAACAACUUUUGGUGGAGUAUUCACCUUCUUUCCCAGACCACAAACCAUACGGUACCGUACCACCAUAUUACCCAGCAACAUUGGGGCUCGCUCAAAGAGGUUAUAAGCUCAUUGCAAAAAUAGACAAGGUUGUAAGAGGUCAGAACCUCUUUGUACAAAAGACACGGUCAUAAGAGGUUACAACAUCUUUGGGCUCACUUCAGCUGUGUUAGCCCCCCUGAGUCGCCUGGUGCCAGGUUAAAGUUCACUGUCAAAAAGUGAAAGUUAUGGUAGAUUCAGAAUGGCGGCUUUUGUUACAAUGUACACCUUUUAGUGCCUAAAGGUCAAUCGCCUUGGAAUGUUCAUGAUAUAAUCCAUGUCAUAACUCUAUAUAUAUAGUGGAUGUUUGUAUGUAUUUGUAAAUACCGUUAGUGCACUAUUUUAUUUUAAGUCAUUAUUUUGUAUUGUUAUCUGUUUGUUUAAAUUCUUUUUAGAAGAGUGAGCUCCAAACAUUCAUAUUCUACAAAUUGUAAAAUGUAAACUCUAUGAAUUACAUACUACAAACUGAUUUUUCGGUUAUGUCAUAGCACAGAUAACAUUACCACUACUAGAAAGUUCACUUAAGAGUGAUAGUGGCACAAAUGUUAUCCCACUGCAGAAUCCUCAUAAAAAAGCAAUCUAACCUGUAUCUUUUUGCCAAGAUCUGUGGUUCAUUUGGUGAAAACACCAAAGUGAAAAUUGAAACAUCUACCAGACCAUUUUACUUCACCAAUGGUAGGCUAUGUCUGCCUUUCACACAGACGUGUGCUCCAACACCAUUCAUUGAACACACGACAGAGUCCCAAACCUAUUGUGUUUUUAGAAUUUUAAAUUCGGGCAGUGUUUGACAGCCAACAAACACUAUGGCCUAGUGUGAAGCCUUUAAUUUAGUGUUAAAAAGAUGAAAGCAAGAAACAAUGCAAAACUUCUCCCUGUUGAUCCCCCUCGUGUGUAUGCCACUUAUUAUCAUAAAGAAGAACUGCAACAUUUUCCUUUAAAAAAAUGUCAUUUUACAUAAAAGUGAAUAACCAUGACACAAACAUGCCGUAGCACAUGCCACUGCAGGCUAGCAUUAGGGCUUAUGACCUUCACUAUUAUCAGCCAUUAUACAGCAUGCUACAUAACGUUGUAUGGCAUAACCUAUGGCUUUUGAAAUGAGAAACCUUAUCCUAACAAUCGCCAUGAAUAGUAAGAAGACACGGUCAAGUCAUUGUACAUAGCCUGGACAACAGACUAUCCACUAUAACACUAUAACAUACAGAACAUAAUCAGUUCAACUAAUCAUGAAGCAGAGUUGCAUGUGUUAAGACCUGAGUGUAUGUCUGGGCUCAGUGUUCUCCUCUACCUACUCCAAACAGCAUGGCACAGCAGAGAGCACCUCCAUCCAACUGAUACCUCAACAAUCAAAUAAUAAACAUGUAUCCCAUUAUGCGAAAACCUUCAGUGCUGUAGUGGUUCUGUAAUCAGUUAUCGCCUCUGUCCUUUACACGGUGCAUUGUAGAUUUUUAUACAGAGGCUAGCAGGCAGCGUAACAACAAAUAUUUAACUAAUUUUGAAUUACUUUGUGGAAUUUAGGGCAUGUUUGAGUUAGAUCUCUUGUUGUCCACUCCCAACUCUGGCCUCUGCCAAAGAGGACAUCAUCUUGGUAUAGUAUCCUAUCCUCCAUGUUGCAUUGUUGUGUUGAUAAGUGUGGUCAAUGAUGUACGGUCCGUGUGUUUUUGGGCUCAGUCGUUCAAUUUAAUGUGUGUGUUUGUGUAAAUGCAUUUUUUUUUUUACACAUUUCUGAAAACGGUUGAUUUCAAAUUUGGUGAACAGUCUCUACUCAUAAACCCGGUGUUCAUUAACUCAAAUGUUUACGGAGUUGUCAAGUUUGUUUUCGAUAUGUCCACAAUAAAAUUGGAAGA